AUGAUGUCCUACAUAAAACAACCCCAUUACACCAUGAAUGGGUUAAAUUUGCCCGGCCCGGGGAUGGACGUGCUGCACACAACCGUCGCUUAUCCCUGCCCAAUUGCCACACCCAGAAAGCAGAGAAGGGAGAGGACCACCUUCACUAGAACGCAAUUGGACAUCCUGGAGGCCCUGUUCUCUAAAACCCGCUACCCGGACAUCUUUAUGAGGGAGGAAGUGGCCCUCAAGAUUAACCUGCCUGAGUCACGCGUGCAGGUGUGGUUCAAGAACCGUCGUGCCAAGUGUCGUCAGCAGCAGCAGCAGAGCAGCGGGCAGUCCAAACCCCGCCCCCCCAAGAAGAAGGCCUCCCCGGUGCAGGAGACCAGCGCCCCCGAUCCCGUUCCCAACCCGUCCGGCUCGUUCAGCCCGUCGUCGGCCCAGUCGGGCCCCGGCCUGGUCCAGAGCUCCGGUAGCGGAAACACGGCGGUGUCCAUCUGGAGCCCGGCGAUCUCCCCGCUCCCCGACCCCCUGGCCUCCUCCACGGCACCCUGCAUGCAGCGGCCCUCCCCUUACCCGAUGAGCUACGGCCAGCCGUCAGCCUACGGUCAAGGCUACGCUAGCACCACCUCUUACUUCACGGGCUUGGACUGCAGCGCCUACUUGUCCCCCAUGCACUCGCAGCUCUCGGGCACCGGCGGCGCUCUCAGCCCCAUCACCGUGCCCUCCAUGGGGGGCUCCCUCAGCCAGUCCCCGGCCUCGCUGUCUUCACAGGGCUACAGCACCGCCUCCUCCCUGGGCUUCACCUCGGUGGACUGCCUGGACUACAAGGACCAGCAGGCCUGGAAACUGGGAUUCACAACAAUGGACUGCCUGGACCAUAAGGACCAAAACUCCUGGAAGUUCCAGGUCCUCUAG